AUGGCUGUUACAGACAAAUUGAAUAAAGCUCUAUGGACCGAGAUUACUAGACUUAAAUUAUUACAUAAAGAAGAUGCACCAGUAAGAUUUUUACUUGAUCAAUCACCAUUCAAUGAAUCUGAAGAUGAACCGUCAACUGGACAAGCAGAAUAUGUGAUUGUUGGACGAAUAUUACCCAAUUCAGAUAUAUUUAAAGAAAGUGCUUUUCAAAUAGAAAUUAAAUUAACAUCAAGCUAUCCAUUAGAACCACCUGAAGUUCGCUUUUUAACUCCGAUUUAUCAUCCAAAUGUUACAAAAGACGGUAAAUUCUGUCAUGCUCUAUUGCUAAAAACUUCGAGAUGGAAACCUGGAACAAAAUUAGUCGACGUCGUUAGGGUUAUUGUCGAGCAUAUUGACAAUCCAGAUAUUGAUUAUUCUAUUAAUCCUGAAAUUGGUAGAGAAUAUUUGGAUAAUAGAGUAGAAUUCAAUCGCAAAGCGUUAAAAAUGGUCGAACAGCAUAAAUUACCACGAAAUUAA